AAACCUUCCAGAUUAUAGAGAAUACUCGAAAUACUCGAAAUAUUGUGAAUAUCAUGUUCAUUCUUCGAAUUUGUAGCGUUAAGGUCUCCAAAAUCCAAGUUGAGCGGGAAGGGGUGUGGGUGAUUGGUGAGUGACACCUUCUGGCUGGAUGAACAGCCAAACCACAGCAAUCAAAUUUCGAUCUCCCCGAAUCGUCUGUCAGGAACCGAACCCCUGGUGCCUUAGGGACUGCUUAGGGACUGCAUAGAGACUACCAUACGCUUACGCAAAUGUGAUUGGUCUAUAAUGAGUCAUGGUAGAGAUGACACUCCUCUUGUGCACACAACAAAAACUAUCACAGCUUUAUAUUGAACAACAUGGCGACCAAGGACGUCAAGAUACCUGCCCGUCCAGGCGCCCAGCUAAAGACCCCCAAAGGCACUCGUGACUGGACGAGCUCAGAUCUGAUACUGCGUGACCAUGUAUUUCAGACGGCCAGCGACGUGUUAAAACGCCACGGCGGCAUUUCCCUAGAUACACCUGUCUUCGAGCUCAAAGCCAUUCUCGUGGAAAAGUACGGCGAGGAUGCGCGUCUCAUGUACGAUCUGGUCGACCAAGGUGGUGAAAUGUGCUCUUUGCGAUUCGACCUGACGGUUCCAUUUGCUCGCUGGUUGGCCAUGAACAAUGUGUCCCAGAUUAAGCGCUACCAGAUCGCCAAAGUCUACCGGCGAGACCAGCCAGCGAUAGCCCGGGGCAGACUUCGCGAGUUCUACCAAUGCGAUUUCGACAUUGUGGGCCUCUACGACCCCAUGAUCGCUGACGCCGAGAUACUUCGCGUCAUUGUUGAGGUGUUCGAGGCCCUUCAACUAGAGAUAACUAUAAAAGUCAAUCACAGACAGAUUCUAGACGGCUUGUUUGCGGUUGCAGGUGUUCCAGACGAAAAGAUACGCUCCAUCAGCUCGGCAAAAGAGAUGGUUGGUGAGAAAGGCAUAUCGGUCGAGGUCGCGGACCAAAUCGGCGAAUACGUGACACGCAGUGGUGAUAUAUGCGAGAUGUUACGAUUUCUCAAGUCAGAUCCGAGACUGUGUGCAAAUGAAAACGUGAAGGCGGGCAUCGACGACAUGAGUCUUCUUAUCUCCUACCUGGAGGCAUUCGACGCUGUUAAUAAGGUCUCUUUUGACCUUUCGCUUGCUCGAGGGCUAGACUACUACACCGGUCUGAUAUUCGAAGUCAUCAUCAAACCACCUAGAAGCAAUGGCGCCGUUGUUCCUGGCAAGAGCGACAGCCAGUCCAUUCAGGUUGGCAGCAUUGCCGCAGGAGGGCGCUACGACUCUCUGGUGGGUAUGUACGCGAAGAACCCUAUCCCAUGUGUUGGCAUAUCGUUUGGGGUGGACCGCAUCUUCACCAUCCUGAACGCACGACCCAAGGAAAAAAUAACACACAAGGUCGAUAUAUAUAUCAUGGCAUUUGGCGGCAAGGAUUCAGACGGACUUCUGCUCGAACGCAUGUCGGUGGCUCGCCAACUCUGGAAUGCUGGUAUAUCGGCUGAGUUUGCUGCAGAGGUGAAGCCAAGAUAUGAUAAGCAGGUCAUAGCGGCGAAGGGUUCACGCCUUACCGUAAUCCUCGGUCAGAACGAAGUAGCAGCUGGUCAAGUCAGGUUGAAGACGUUGAGAGAAAGUGACGAUGAAACGGCCUCGAAGGAUCGAGGGCAGCUUGUCUCCAGAGGUGAUCUAGUUGAAGAGGUCAAGAAGUUACUUAUAUAA